CCAUUGUAAACUAAGAAUUCAGUCGAGGUCGAGCUCUCGAGUCGGUUCAAUCUGAAGAACUUUUGUCUGGAUACGACACUUUUGAGAAGAUGGCGAAAUUGAUGCUGUACGUCUUUGUAGCGUUGCUAGCUGUGUCUCUUAUCAUGGGCGCUCCCGAUAAGUUUAACUGCGGUCGACAUGGUGACCCUUGCGUUUCUGAAUCGCAAUGCUGCCCCAAUAUGAGAUGUCAUCGUUAUGCAAACAGAUGUCAAGUUAUAAUUACUGAGGAAGAAUUGAUGGCACAACGUGAGAAGAUUUUAGGCCGAAAGGGCAAAGAUUAUUAGAACAGAUAAGUUUUCUAUAUCAGGAUAUUAUGAUGGAUGACGUGUCUCUUAAUCUACUAUUCAUCUGAUUUACUUUUGAUUUGAAGACUGUAUUUUGAGAAAUUAAAUAUUAAUGUAUAACAUUUGUAUAAUAAUCAGAAAAAAUCAAUACGAUA